AUGGAUACCAGCAUUGAUCCAAGGUUGAUAGAAGCUGCUCAAACAGGAAAUAUUGAUGCCUUGUACGCUCUAAUUCAACAAGAUGGUCGCAUUUUGGAGCACAUUGAACACAUUCCAUUUGUUGAGACUCCACUUCAUGUAGCAGCAAACCAAGGGCAAAUCAGUUUUGCAUUGGAGAUGAUGAACUUGAUGCCUUCGUUUGCCAAGAAGCUAAACCAAGAUGGGUUUAGCCCCAUGCACUUGGCUGUGAGAAACAGGCAGACCGAGCUAGUGCUUCGAUUUUUGAAGACCGAUAAAGAUCUGGUACGUGUCAAGGGGAGAGAAAAGAUGACUCCUUUCCAUUGUGCAGUUUCAAUGGGAUACUCAAUCGUUUUAGCCAAGUUUCUUGAAGCUUGCCCAGAAUGCAUAGAAGAUAUGACGGUUCGAGACGAGACCGCGUUGCAUCUUGCCCUGAAAAAUGACCAGAUUGAAGCUUUUACUCUCCUACUUGCAUGGCUUCAAAAGAGCCUAUAUGCUAAUCUCUUUACCAUUGAAAGAAAAUUGGUGAAUUGGAAAGACAUUGAUAACAACACUGUAUUGCACAUAGCAGCCAUAAAGGAACAACAUGAGGCAAUAAAAAUGCUGUUAGAUGCCCAGGUUUGGUUAGCUGUAAGAGAUACGAACUCGGAAGGUUUGACAGCUCUAGAAAUCAUACAAAAGGUUGAAGGACAAGGCAUGAACAUCAACAUGAGUGGCAAAAAUGAAGCCGAUAUUAAGGAUCUGAAAGUGAAUGUUAAGAUUUCCCAUCUAAUGAAAGCAAGGAUAGCAGGAACCCGUGCGAAGAACAGUUUGUCGAUCGACAUGAUCAACACAAUGCUGGUGAUUAUGGCGUUGGUUAUAACAGCAACCUACCAAUCAGCGUUAAGCCCACCUGGAGGUGUUUGGCAAGACGAGGGCGGCAAUUCAUCCACCACCAAUGUCGCUUCAGGCAUCAGUACUACGAAUCACUUCUUCCCUGACUACACUAAACACGUUCCCUUCCUCAAGGAAUCAAGAAAAAUCGGUACAUCGAUCGUGAAUCCACUGUGUUAUGCUUUGUUUUGGGUUUUGAACUUUUUCCUCCUUUGGUCUUCGAUUCAAUUUACUGCAUUCCUCCUCUCAGGUUUUCGUCUUUUUAUUUACACUGUCAUCCCACUUUAUUUCUUGGUCACCUCCUACUUCUGCUCCAUGACAAUCUUAGCGCCAACCAUGGCUUUUUCCUACUUCAACCUUGCUUGCACAUGUCUUAUUGGAAUACUCGCCCCAUUGGCACUUCAUGUUUACAUCCUUUACGUUUCCAAACCUUUGAAGAAGGAGAUCAAGUAUCGAGCCGAAAUGCGUAAAGUUCUUGACAUGGACAGGGAUCCUAAAGACGCUCAUACCUAUGCAUUUCAGCUUUUGUUUAACGUAAUCUAG